AAAUGUCCGGUUUUCUUGGUACCCCACUUGCUGUUCUUGCAGAUUCUUCCAAAGCUUCUCACCCAUUUUUGUGUGGGUAUAAUGGAGAUAAGGAAGAUACUCGUGUCCUCUUUUAUGGAUUUCGAUACAUAAUUGAACAUUACGUUGCCGUAAAAUGGACUUUACAAGAUGUUGAACUAGCUGAAGAAUUCUAUGAAACACAUAAUAUUAAUUACACGAGUUUUCCUUUUACAAAAGGCUUAUUUCUCAAGUUUAUUGAAGAAUAUGAUGGUUACUUUCCAAUAAAAAUUGAAGCAUUACCAGAAGGUACUUCUUGCCAUGCACAUACUCCUGUUUAUCAAAUUACUGCUGAAAAAGAAUAUGCACCAUUGGUUACGUUUUUGGAAACUUUGUUAAAUAUGACUUGGUAUCCAUCUACUGUGGCAACUCUUUCUCGGCGUGCACGUGAUAUUAUUGAACAAGCAUAUUUUGAUACUGUUGAUGAAGAAGAUUAUGGAUCAAUGGAAGGUCGAUUAUACGAUUUUGGUUUCCGUGGGUGUACUUGCCUUGAACAGUCUGUAAUCGGUGGAUCUGCCCAUUUAGUCAAUUUCACAAAAUCUGCUACGAUGAGUGCUAGUUACUAUGUUCAAUAUAAGCUUAAUAAUGGAAAACCUGUUGGAAAUGCUGUUCCUGCCACGGAUCAUUCAGUUAUGACCGCACACAAAUCUGAAAAAGAUGCUAUUUUACGUACAAUUAAACUUUUUGGCACCGGUACCUAUGCUUGCGUAUUGGAUUCUUUUGAUUACGCCAAUGCGUUGAAUAAUAUUUUGCCAUCGAUCGCUACUCAAAAACUUGAAAAGGGUGGUGUCAUGGUUCUUAGACCUGAUAGUGCUUCAGAUAAAGUAUUUGGAAGUCAUACAAAUAAAAAAGGUUACAAAGUUCUUCGUGGUUGUUCUGUCAUUCAAGGUGAUGCUGUUACCAUUGAAAGUAUGAAGGUUAUUCUGAAUGCUGUCAAGGAAGCUGGCUACUCAGCACAAAAUAUAACUGUUGGUAUGGGUGCUGGUCUCUUACAAAAAGUUAAUCGCGAUACGAUGAGUUUUGCCACCAAAUUAUGUCACAUUACUUAUGCUGAUGGAAUACAAAAAGAUGUUAUGAAGAUUCCUAAGACAGGAUCCAAAAAGACUAGUUUACCUGGAGAAUUUAUUGUUAAGAAAAAUGAACAUGGUGUGCCAAUUGUUUAUCCAAAAGAGGUUUGCGCUGAAAAUGAUCCUGAAAACUUACUGCGUGUGGUUUACGAUCAUGGUAAAGUAUCGGAAUGGGAUGAUUUUGAUACUAUUCGAAAACGCGUGGCUAAAGAGUGGCCACUUUUACCGCGAUCUUAUGAUAACAUUAGUCCAGAACUUAAGUCAAAAAGUUCAAAAUGUAUUCAAGAGAUCCAAAAUAGUAUUGCGCAAUGA